AUGGCUCAAUCAAAUUUCAGUGCCGUUGAUGAGUAUGGGUUUGAAAGACACGAAGAUUUUGACUAUGCGAGCUAUGAAGACUUCAUGUCUGUAUAUCUCAAGGUAUUGGCCUCGAGAGCGCAUAAAUGGUCUACGAUGCUUGGUGAAGGAAAGUCGGUCAAACGCACGAACACUAUUAAAAGAUACGUACGGAAAGGAAUACCAAGUGAACACCGCCCAUCAGUAUGGAUGGCAAUCUCAGAAGCUGACAAAAUGCGAGAUCUAGCUCCUGACCUGUAUCAUAAAAUCUUAGACGGCCCUUUUGAGAAGGAAUUAGUUGAUCUUGUGAAGACAGAUUUGCCUCGGACAUUUCCAGAUAAUAUUUAUUUCACUAAGGAAGCAAACCACCAAACUCAUUUAUUUAAUGUGCUUAUUGCUUAUGCCCAUAAUAAUAAAGUUGUUGGAUAUUGCCAAGGAUUAAACUAUAUUGCUGGUCUAUUAUUGCUGUCUACAAAAAGUGAAGAAACUUCAUUCUGGCUGCUCAAAGUAUUAGUGGAAAAAAUACUUCCUGAUUACUACACAAGAACUAUGGAUGGCCUUAUUGUUGACAUUGAAGUAUUAUCUGAAUUGGUAAAGUCGAAGGCACCUGAUGUACACCAACAUGUGAUCAACUUAGGUUUACCUUGGGCAGUUAUCACUACGAAGUGGUUUGUCUGUCUCUUUGCUGAAGUGUUACCAAUAGAGACAGUCCUCAGGAUUUGGGAUUGUCUGUUUUACGAGGGCUCAAAGAUUUUGUUCAGAGUUUGCAUUACAUUGAUCAAAACAAAUAAAGAGGCUAUUAUGGCAUGCAAUGACUUCACUACUUUAGCUGAGUGUUUUAAAGCCAUUGUUAAAAAUGCAAGUGCUUUACACUGUCAUGAGUUUAUGCAGUCAAUAUUCAAAGUACCUGGAACACUUUCAAACGCCACUAUUGUCAAAUUACGUGACCGCUUCGCGAAGCAGCGCAGAGAACAACAGCAGAAGGAGCCACCACGAUGA